AUGGCGAAGAAGAAAUCCAAAACUGCGUCGGUUCGUCCCAAAAGAAGCCCAUACACGAGCUUCCCGGCCACCGUGCACUUUGGCGUUGACCGCCAACCAUACUAUGUCCCAGACGUGCUACUACAAACACUAGAAAACCUCCCCAUCCGCAACCCCUGGACAUCAGAGAUGGUGUUGGAGGAUGUGGACGCAGACACGGGUCACGUGCUGAUCCAUUUCCUCCACACCGGAACCUACCAGACACUGAGCAACGAAAGCAGCGAGGCAGUAGAAAGCCCCGAACCCGACACCGCAACCGACACAUUCCAGAAAGCCGUGCGCGCCCUCCAAGCUGCGACCAAGUACGGACUGCCAGGUCUCCAGCAGCUAGCACAUGCCGAGAUGGAGCGGCACGGUGCGGACAUGGAUCUUCACGAGGCUGUGCGCGCCAUUACCGAAGAGAACGUUGCCGGGUCUCUUGCUGAGAGCUCUUGGCUGCAGGAGUUCGUGUCGCUGAAGGUUCGGGCUGCUUUUGAACACAAUGCUGGCAUCUUCUCGGAACCGGAUUUCUUCGAGGCGAUUGUGAGCCCGACCUUGACAAAGGUUCUGGCGCGGAGUGUGGUUGGUUUGUAUAGUGAGAAGGUUGCGGAGUUGCAGAGGGAGAUGUUGGCGGAUGGAAAGCAUUCGUCGUCUGAAGAUGCUGGCCGUGCUUCUGGUUUGGUUUCGCCUGAUCUCUCACAGAUGCCUUCCAGCGAUUCUGCAUCUGGUCCUGGAGGCUUGCCUGACUCGUUGGAACAGUUCAGAGCUUUCGGAAACUCGGACGUUGCCUGCGAUCCUCAAGCACUCCAUGUCGGCAUAUCGUCCAUUCCAGAGGUGAAUGCGUCGGAGCCCACAGCUCAGCCCGUCAAGAAGAAAAAGUCGUCAAAGAAGGCGACUAUGCUGCAGAAGAUCGCAGGAGAUGCUCAGAUCAACGCCACAACAUCUACUCCAGCCCAAAUCCUUCCGGCCUCCGUGGUGCAGGAGGCCACUGAUGCUGUAGUGGAAACAGCCCACGUUGAGGCUGAGGUAUCGAAGAUGCCUGAGGAAGUGGAUCAAACUCUCCUCGCUCCAGCGCCGGACUCAUUAACAGAGCCACCUACCGAUGGACCAAUACCGCCAGUGUCCGUAGUGGAAGACAUGACCAGCGCUGCCAGCUCCGCGCCGCUGGUAAAGAAGAAAAAGAAGAAAAUGCACAGCUCGACCAAAUCACCGGACUCGCAUCCAACACCAGCAGCAGAGCCGAUUCUGGACGGUCCGCCGGCAGAACCCUUCCAAGGACUGAUCAAGAAGCAGAUCAAGCGGCUCAAGAAAGAGCAAGAACAACAGCUUGCUGACGAGGAGGCUGAGCGUCUGGAGCAAGAGCUCCAAGAGACGGAACGCUUGCGGCUACUCGAGGAGGAACAAGCUGCCAAGAGAGCGGCUGAUGAUGUCUUCGCUUCUGAAGCCGCUGAAGCUGCUGCUGCCGCCGCUGCCGAGGCCGAAGCUGAGAAGAAACAAGACGAUCGUUUUUGGGAGCAGUGGGGAGGUGCAGCAGUCCGCUCAAAGAAAAAGAAGAAGAAGAAAGUCUCUCCCUCUGAAGUCCCUGCGCCAUCUCCUCCUGAGCCACCGCCGCCGACGUCCCCGCUGGAACCUGAGGUCGUCGCUGAACAGCCACCAGCAGACGACGGCGCUUGCCCGCCACCGGUAGAGGAAACUGAGGGCAUGUGGGGUCUCGGAAUCAAAAAGAAGAAGAAGAAGAGCAAGAAGUUCGAUGACGAGACGCAUGAUGAAUCUCCUCCUCCGGAACCAGAACCAGCCCCAGGGUCAGAUCUGAUAGAACCCUACCCGGUCGUCGAGCACGCAAAUGGCAUUCCAUCGACAGCAGAGACGAUCGAGGUAUCAGAGAACAACGACUGCCCCUUGCGUCUGAAACAUCUGUCUGAGGGCGACGGAUGGAAGACUUGUAGACCCUGCGAGGCGUACAUGCGUGGAAUUGCCUUCAAGCUUCAUUCGGCGGGCUUGGUAGGUGUCAACGGGUUUAGCGCGGUCCAGUAG